AUGAAUGAGAUUCUAUUUAGGAAACUGAUCAUUACUACUACUACUACUACUACUACUACUACUACUACUACUACUACUACUACUACUACUACUACUACUACUACUACUACUACUACUACUACUACUACUACUACUACUACUACUACUACUACUACUACUACUACUACUACUACUACUACUACUACUACUACUACUACUACUACUACUACUACUACUACUACUACUACUACUACUACUACUACUACUACUACUACUACUACUACUACUACUACUACUACUACUACUACUACUACUACUACUACUACUACUACUACUACUACUACUACUACUACUACUACUACUACUACUACUACUACUACUACUACUACUACUACUACUACUACUACUACUACUACUACUACUACUACUACUACUACUACUACUACUACUACUACUACUACUACUACUACUACUACUACUACUACUACUACUACUACUACUACUACUACUACUACUACUACUACUACUACUACUACUACUACUACUACUACUACUACUACUACUACUACUACUACUACUACUACUACUACUACUACUACUACUACUACUACUACUCCUACUACUACUACUACUACUACUACUACUACUACUACUACUACUACUACUACUACUACUACUACUACUACUACUACUACUACUACUACUACUACUACUACUACUACUACUACUACUACUACUACUACUACUACUACUACUACUACUACUACUACUACUACUACUACUACUACUACUACUACUACUACUACUACUACUACUACUACUACUACUACUACUACUACUACUACUACUACUACUACUACUACUACUACUACUACUACUACUACUACUACUACUACUACUACUACUACUACUACUACUACUACUACUACUACUACUACUACUACUACUGUAACAACAGAAGACAAGGGCCAGGCAACAGAUCGUUUAUUACGAAAAAUCAACACGUAUUUAUAG